GGCCAUUGUUGUUCGCGAUCUAUGUAAAUGACUUGCCGGGAGAGCUAGGGGUGUCAUCAUUAAUGUUUGCUGACGACCUUAAGCUCUGGAAUAUUGUGGAUAUCCCGGGGGGUCCUGAGGCAAUUCAGCGUGCCUUGGAUAGACUCUGGGAAUGGUCUAUCUUAUGGUUGAUGCCCAUAAAUAGGGCCAAGUGCUCUGUUCUCCGAAUCGGAGCUGCAAAUCCUCCCACCCGAUAUGUUCUCGGCGGUGGUGAACUCCCUGUUGUCACUCAGCAGGUUGAUUUAGGAGUCGUACACGCAUCAGCACUUCAUUCUGGAGACAACUGGAAGAAGGCUGCUUGUCGAGGGUUUCGUAUGAUGUGGUUUAUCCGCCGCUCUUUCGGAAUCUUAACGGCCAAGUUGUUUGUGAAGCUAUUUUCGGCAUUCGUCCGACCCCACCUGGAAUAUUGUAUUCAGGCUUGUCCACCAUGUCUUAACCGAGACAAAAUGGACUUGGAGAGGGUGUUACGAGUGGGCACUCGGUUAGUGCAGGGUCUACGGGGACAGACGUAUCCUGAACGCUUGCUCAGUUUGGGGAUGUACUCCAUGCACUACCGAAGGAUAAGAGGGGACCUGAUUCUCACUUAUCGUAUUUUGACGGGUAAGAUUGGCCCGGACUUGUCAGGGCUUUUUAGUCCCGCUACGUUACCUAGUCUCCGCGGUCACCCACUGAAACUGCAUAAACCACGGUCUGAUAGGAUUAGGACGGAAACUCGUCUAUCGCGCCGAGUUAUAGAUCGCUGGAAUUCUCUUCCAGAUCACGUGGUUAGGGAACCUACGGUUAAGGGUUUUGCGCGCCAGCUCGAUGCUCUUGGGUGGCAACAGCAAACCUUUCCUUUUUCCUAGCUGACUCACCUUCAUUUUUCAGUUCUUUUUUUAUUGACUCAAAUAUCUUGGUAUUCCACUUGCUUAGCUCUUACCACUUUCU